GCGUAACUCAGACGGGGCGGGCCGGAAGUGAAGCUGAGCAGCUUCCGGCGAGGCGGCAAGAUGGCGGCAGAGAUGGCGGCUUUGCAGCAGCUGCAGUGGCGGCUGGAGGAGCUGGAGCAGCGCAUGGGUGUCGGCGCCUGUGAGCCGCCAAAGGUGGCCGAUGAGCUCGUCAAGGUGCAGGUGGCGCUGAGCAACAUCGCCGGCAAGAGGGAGAGAAUCAAGAUCCUGUUUAAGAAAAUUGAAGAUGUAAUAAAAUACCUAGACCCGCAGUACAUCGACAGAAUGGCUGUUCCAGACACUAUGAAGCUGCAGUUCAUCUUGGCAGAGGAGCAGGCUCUUCCUUCCCGAGUAGCCCUCCUGGAGCAGGUGAAGAACCUUGAGCCCGUCUUAGACAGUGCCAGUAUCCAAGCGGCUCCUGACCAUGCAGCCAAACUACAGCGACUCUCUCAAAUCCAGAUACAGCAACAG